CACGCGUUCCAGAGAAUUACGUCGGGGCUGUGUCCAGUAUCUUUUGCGUAAUGGAGCGCGUCAACCUUUCAACCAAGAGUAGCUGGCUCUUCGAGCUCCCUCCUCCAGCCGGUGCAGAAAUCCGUCUAAUCGAUCGAAGGAGCGCACGCUCACACGCAAAGUCGCAAAGUCCCGCCCGUUCGUAUGGAAAGCGGCCAUCCCAUCCCCUUUUCGGCAACUCCAACGCGCCAUUUCGCUGCACCGACGCGCCGGCCCUAGAGCGACAUAUAAACACGCGAUCAUCGUUCGGGUAGGACCCUGCCACUAGGGGCCAAGAUCUUGGACGAGCGCGUGGUGAUGGCUCAAGGCCGCCAAACUUCCUCAUCGACCCUCAGACCCUACAGGCGACCAUUAUCGAUUUCGGUGAUAUCAGCGCACUGCCGCAUCUGUUUGUCAGCUUCACACUACCACAUUGUCGAGUUUUU